AGCCUCACGCGUCCCUCUCCCUUAUCCGUUCGUUCUCUCUCCAAGUCGGUCUCUCUCUCUUUUCUUUCCUUCGAAGACCGUCUGCAGCUUUUGGUUUUCAUUUUCCUUUCUCUCUGGACACUACAGCUCCUCUCACUCUCUCUCUCUCUCUUGUUGCCCUUCUCCUCCACUGUUCGAACUCCAGCGCUCAUCUCACGCCAGCUGCUCCAUCAUUUUUUGGUUUCCCUCGGUCAACUCCAGCAGAAUUCUCCAAGUGAAGCCAAUUUGUUGACCUCCGAAGCUCCACCGAAGUUCCUCUCCUUUGCCACUCGUCCAACAUCAAACGCCCACCAGUCAACGUUGCAAAUUUCCCGGGCGGUUUGUGGACCCAGCAAUCCACCGAGCGAAGCUCCUCCAUGCGCGUGUCUUCAACCAAGCAAAGCCCGAAGCAGCUCCAUCUCUCUGCCGUGUGCGAGUCUUCUCUCGCCGCCAUCCCCACAAAUCCAGUCAACCGAGCCCAUCUUCACGCAAGUCCACUUCCAUCGUCGGCUGCGCAAAGAAGGCCAAAGCCCAAUCCACCGAGCUGCCGCUUCUGCCAUCAUUUGCCCGCGUAUCUUCAUCAGCUUCUUCAACCCACCGAAGCUGCUCAUCUUCUUCAGCUGCACGUGGAGUGGUUUUGCUCGGUCAACCACUCACCAAAGAAGCCCCACCGUUGACCCUCAUCUUCGCACGUUCGGCCCAGCAGCGGCGUUCCAUUGAAGCAGCCCUCAGCAACGCACGAAGCUGCUGCUUCCUUCGCCAGCUCGCUGGUCCACGCAUCUCCUCAGUCAAUUAAAGCUGUCGCCCGCUCAUCCGUAUCCACCGAAGACAGCCCAGCGAAGCUCGGCCCUAGAAACGUGAGGUUAGAAGGCACAUCAACUGAUAAAGCUUCCCGAAACGGUCACAUUUCAAUUUCAUUUCAAGACAACAUGAGCAGCACGGAUCAAUAAAAAACUAAAGAUACUCACAUAGACGUGAGGUUAGAAGGCACAUCAACUGAUGAAGCUUCCCGAAACGGUCACAUUUCAAUUUCAUUUCAAGACAACAUGAGCAGCACGGAUCAAUCAAAAACUAAAGAUACUCACAUAGACGUGAGGUUAGAAGGCACAUCAACUGAUGAAGCUUCCCGAAACGGUCACAUUUCAAUUUCAUUUCAAGACAACAUGAGCAGCACGGAUCAAUCAAAAACUAAAGAUACUCACAUAGACGUGAGGUUAGAAGGCACAUCAACUGAUGAAGCUUCCCGAAACGGUCACAUUUCAAUUUCAUUUCAAGACAACAUGAGCAGCACGGAUCAAUCAAAAACUAAAGAGACUUGCAUAGACGUGAGGUUAGACGGCACAUCAAUUUAUAAAGCUUCCCAAAACGGUCACAUUUCAAUUUCAUUUCAAGACAACAUGAGCAGCACGGAUCAAUCAGAAACAAAAGUUAUGCCAACACCAGAGAUCAAUGAAAAGCAUCGAUCAUUGUUUCAAGCCGUAGUGGAAGGUCAAUGGAAAGCUGCUGAGGAAAUCCUUGGUAAAGAUCCCAAGGUAAUGAUGGAAAAUGUCAUGACUGUAGGAAAUAAAUCCGUUAGUGUGCUUGAAUUUGCCGUUAUGGCCGCACAAGAUGACUAUCGAUUGGUCGAGAAGCUCAUCGACUCGGUCGACUCGGUCGACUUGGUCGACUUGGUCCACUCGGUCGACUUGGUCCACUCUGAUCCAACAUACAAUGAAUCCAAUUUGAGGAGUGCAUACAAAGAAUCCAUUUUGAGGAGUGCCCUCUACGAUGCUGCCCGAAGAGGAAGCAUAACGAUGGUAGAGGCACUAGUAAACAAAGCCCGUUCCUUAGUUCAAGCAAACGAAGCCGGUUCCUCAGUUCAAGCAAACGAAGCCGGUUCCUUACAUAAUAUUGUACCCAAUGCCCUGUCGUAUGCUAUUUCAAAUGCUCCUAUGCAAAAGGAGGUUAUCCGGUACCUCGCCAAAAAAACAUCCGCCCCAGAUUUUAACACCAUGAGCUGCCUUAUUCUAGCCGGCCAUUUGGGUAUCCCUUUAUGUCUGGUCGAUAGAUCAUUUGACAACCCCAAAGAUACGAAGAUGGCUCGAGGUAUUUCUAUUAAUCUAUGUGAUAUCUAAAUUAAGAGACAAUGAUUACAUCUAUGUAUACAAAUUAUUAUCUAAACCAUGACGUAUGCCACGACUAAUAUCUACUAUAACAUUUGUGAAGUUAGUUGAGAAGUCUUACUCAAUGUCAAAUUGCCAAGUAGAAUUAUCAAGAACUGUAGAUUUGGAUUUAAGGUCAUAGAAGUGGAUUGAUCCAAGUUGUUCUCUAACAAAUUUAAGCAUUAUUAUAUCUAGUUACACGUGAAAUCUUCAUUCAUGAGUGUCAUAUGUAUCUUUUUGUUCGCCGUCAAUUCCUAAUUUUCUGAUAUGAUUAUUCUCUUGUCCUCGUGGUGGUCCAACCAGCACUUAAUUGGUUCAGGACAUCACUCUGGAAUCAUGCCACUAAACCAGGUAUUCAAACCUGCCAUGGUUUCUACAUAAAAGGCGCCUUAUUUUAUCCAUAGCUAGAGAUCUCGAAACUUAAAGUUUAAAAUUGACAUUUUCAGAAUAUUACUAUGAGAUCAUGGUUUUACUAAUAUUGACCGGCUCUUGAUUCUUAUAUUAUCAUACAACUUGAUUUAAUUCAAAGUCUAAACAAUAAGUAUUCAUGAGGUGAAUCUGUAAAAAUUAUCAAUCGAAAACAGAUUUAUUGAUCAAUCACUGAAUCUACCCAUUUUUCAUAAAGAAAGAAAGGAACUAUUUUUUUCUCAUUACAUUGGGUGCAUUCGUGGAUAGAUCCAUCUAUCCGACAAUGCAUGCAUUUUGAUUUUUAAGCCGCAUGUAGUUUGCUUUCUUGAAUCCACCAUUUUCUUCUCAACUACUAUAUAUAAAUGAGAACCUGGCUGAAAUGCGAUAGCCUCUUUAACCUUUUGAUUCCUCAUUGUGGAAAAAAUGUUUAUCUGAUGUUACAUGCAGUACCUUUCAUCAAAAGGAUUGGAGAAUCAAAGUUGAGACACAAAUACUCACUAAAGUUUGCAGAAGAACUUCUUGUGAACAAUCAAAAUAUGAAUUCCUCGGAAAAAGUCAAGUUUUUAUUGACUUCAGGCAUUAUCCUUGACUCUGCAUCUCGCGGAACCCGUGAAAUUGUCGAAUUAUGUCUUGACAAUUUUCCAGAGUUGAUGUGGGACAACGAUUUCCCAAAAGAAUUGAUGAGAGAAGUUGUGAAGGGACGACAAGUUGAGUUAUUUAGACUAGUGAACGCAUACAACAUAAUUCCAAAACUGAGU